GAAAAACAGCUCAAUGGAACUGUACAUAUGCCAAACAGUAUGAUAGAGCUUAAGUUUGAUUUGCUCGACUUGAAGAAACAAUUGGAUAAAGGAACACCGCUCAGUAUUAAGAGACGAAGACGCGCCAGCACAGCUCCACCAGCGCCACGAGGUUCCAAGCACCCCAUAAUUUUGGCGAAUUUACCCUGUAGCGCAAAACUCAGCACGUGUACACCAUUCUAUACUCAAAAGUCUGGUGAGUGUCGAGUAUGGGGCGACGCACUGUAA